UUCUAUAAGAUUUUGGUCAAAUUUCAAUCAACCAGGAUGUGGAUUGGGUGUAUUGUAGCUGCCAGUCUUCUGUGGCAACUUGCGGAUGCUCGGUAUAUGCCGAAAUUUCUAUGCCUGCCUCCAUACGUUGCCAUCAAUGGUAGUUGCCUCAUUAUUUCUAUUGGUGAAACCCCAACAGAGGGGUCGAGCGGUGACAAUCCGAAUGUAUCAUUUCCUGACAUCGACCGAGAAAAUGGUACAAUUCUGGGGAACGCCAUUUCGAGCAUUGACAAAAUUUCACCAACGAUUAAUGGACCAACUAAUCAUAUCAUUAUAAAGCCGGUACCACCAAAAAAUCAAAUUAAUCCAGACAGUUUAAUACCAAUUAAUGGACCAACUAAUCCCAUCAUUAUAAAGCCGGUACCACCCAGAAAUCAAAUUAAUCCAGACACUUUAAUACCAAUCAAUGGACCAACUAAUCCCAUCAUUAUAAAGCCGGUACCACCCAGAAAUCAAAUUAAUCCAGACACUUUAAUACCAAAUAUUGGACCAUUUAAUCCCAUCAUUAUAAAGCCGGUACCACCAGGAAAUCAAAUUAAUCCAGACACUUUAAUACCAAAUAUUGGACCAUUUAAUCCCAUCAUUAUAAAGCCGGUACCACCCCGAAAUCAAAUUAAUCCAGACACUUUAAUAACGAAUAUUGGACCAAUUAAUCCCAUCAUUAUAAAGCCGGUACCACCCAGAAAUCAAAUUAAUCCAGACACUUUAAUACCACCUAUUUCUGGAAAUCCAUCCAUAAAUCCUCCAAAUUCAGGAGCAGGAAUUGUUGGGGGCGAAACUGAACCAAGUAUAGACAACAAUUUAACACCGCCUGUUGGACCAGUUAGUUAUAUAAUUCCUAAGCCGGAAACACCCAGUAAAAUUCCAAUUAAUCCAGAAACAUUAUUGCCAGUGGGAGAAACUCCGGGAAAUGAACCUGGUAAAGACAACCAUUUAACACCGCCUUUUGUGCCAAUUAAUCCAGUAAGUACUAGGCCGGAAGCACCCAGCCAAAUUUUAAUCAAUCCAGAAACAUUAAUGCCAGCUAUUUCUGGAAAUGAGAAUGUUAUCCCUACAAAUUCAGGAGCAGGAGCAGUUGGGGGUGAAGCACCAGGAAAUGUACCUGAUAAAGACAAUAAUGUAACUCCGAUUGUUAUCAAUCCAGAAACAUUAAUGCCAGCUAUUUCUGGAAAUGAGAAUGUUAUCCCUACAAAUUCAGGAGCAGGAGCAGUUGGAGGUGAAACACCAGGAAAUGUACCUGAUAAAGACAAUAAUGUAACUCCGAUUGUUAUCAAUCCAGAAACAUUAAUGCCAGCUAUUUCUGGAAAUGAGAAUGUUAUCCCUACAAAUUCAGGAGCAGGAGCAGUUGGGGGUGAAGCACCUGGAAAUGUACCUGAUAAAGACAAUAAUCUAACUCCGAUUGUUAUCAAUCCAGCAACAUUAAUGCCAGCUAUUUCUGGAAAUGAGUAUGUUAUCCCUACAAAUUCAGGAGCAGGAGCAGUUGGGGGUGAAACACCAGGAAAUGUACCUGAUAAAGACAAUAAUGUAACUCCGAUUUUUAUCAAUCCAGAAACAUUAAUGCCAGCUAUUUCUGGAAAUGAGAAUGUUAUCCCUACAAAUUCAGGAGCAGGAGCAGUUGGGGGUGAAGCACCAGGAAAUGUACCUGAUAAAGACAAUAAUCUAACUCCGAUUGUUAUCAAUCCAGAAACAUUAAUGCCAGCUAUUUCUGGAAAUGAGAAUGUUAUCCCUACAAAUUCAGGAGCAGGAGCAGUUGGGGGCGAAGCACCAGGAAAUGUACCUGAUAAAGACAAUAAUGUAACUCCGAUUGUUAUCAAUCCAGAAACAUUAAUGCCAGCUAUUUCUGGAAAUGAGUAUGUUAUCCCUACAAAUUCAGGAGCAGGAGCAGUUGGGGGCGAAGCACCAGGAAAUGUACCUGAUAAAGACAAUAAUGUAACUCCGAUUGUUAUCAAUCCAGAAACAUUAAUGCCAGCUAUUUCUGGAAAUGAGUAUGUUAUCCCUACAAAUUCAGGAGCAGGAGCAGUUGGGGGCGAAGCACCAGGAAAUGUACCUGAUAAAGACAAUAAUAUAACUCCGAUUGUUAUCAAUCCAGAAACAUUAAUGCCAGCUAUUUCUGGAAAUGAGAAUGUUAUCCCUACAAAUUCAGGAGCAGGAGCAGUUGGAGGUGAAGCACCAGGAAAUGUACCUGAUAAAGACAAUAAUAUAACUCCGAUUGUUAUCAAUCCAGAAACAUUAAUGCCAGCUAUUUCUGGAAAUGAGAAUGUUAUCCCUACAAAUUCAGGAGCAGGAGCAGUUGGAGGUGAAGCACCAGGAAAUGUACCUGAUAAAGACAAUAAUAUAACUCCCAUUUUUAUCAAUCCAGAAACAUUAAUGCCAGCUAUUUCUGGAAAUGAGUAUGUUAUCCCUACAAAUUCAGGAGCAGGAGCAGUUGGGGGCGAAGCACCAGGAAAUGUACCUGAUAAAGACAAUAAUCUAACUCCGAUUGUUAUCAAUCCAGCAACAUUAAUGCCAGCUAUUUCUGGAAAUGAGUAUGUUAUCCCAACAAAUUCAGGAGCAGGAGCAGUUGGAGGUGAAGCACCAGGAAAUGUACCUGAUAAAGACAAUAAUAUAACUCCCAUUGUUAUCAAUCCAGCAACAUUAAUGCCAGCUAUUUCUGGAAAUGAGUAUGUUAUCCCUACAAAUUCAGGAGCUGGAGCAGUUGGAGGUGAAACACCAGGAAAAGUACCUGAUAAAGACAAAAAUAUAACUCCGAUUGUUAUCAAUCCAGAAACAUUAAUUCCAGCUAUUUCUGGAAAUGAGAAUGUUAUCCCUACAAAUUCAGGAGCAGGAGCAGUUGGGGGUGAAACACCAGGAAAAGUACCUGAUAAAGACAAUAAUAUAACUCCCAUUGUUAUCAAUCCAGAAACAUUAAUGCCAGCUAUUUCUGGAAAUGAGUAUGUUAUCCCUACAAAUUCAGGAGCAGGAGCAGUUGGAGGUGAAACACCAGGAAAAGUACCUGAUAAAGACAAUAAUAUAACUCCCAUUGUUAUCAAUCCAGAAACAUUAAUGCCAGCUAUUUCUGGAAAUGAGUAUGUUAUCCCUACAAAUUCAGGAGCAGGAGCAGUUGGGGGUGAAACACCAGGAAAAGUACCUGAUAAAGACAAUAAUGUAACUCCGAUUGUUAUCAAUCCAGCAACAUUAAUGCCAGCUAUUUCUGGAAAUGAGUAUGUUAUCCCUACAAAUUCAGGAGCAGGAGCAGUUGGGGGUGAAGCACCAGGAAAUGUACCUGAUAAAGACAAUAAUAUAACUCCCAUUGUUAUCAAUCCAGAAACAUUAAUGCCAGCUAUUUCUGGAAAUGAGAUUGUUAUCCCUACAAAUUCAGGAGCAGGAGCAGUUGGGGGUGAAACACCAGGAAAUGUACCUGAUAAAGACAAUAAUGUAACUCCGAUUGUUAUCAAUCCAGCAACAUUAAUGCCAGCUAUUUCUGGAAAUGAGUAUGUUAUCCCUACAAAUUCAGGAGCAGGAGCAGUUGGGGGUGAAGCACCAGGAAAUGUACCUGAUAAAGACAAUAAUAUAACUCCAAUUGUUAUCAAUCCAGAAACAUUAAUGCCAGCUAUUUCUGGAAAUGAGAAUGUUAUCUCUACAAAUUCAGGAGCAGGAGCAGUUGGGGGUGAAGCACCUGGAAAUGUACCUGAUAAAGACAAUAAUGUAACUCCGAUUGUUAAACCAAUUGAUCCCAAAUUUACUUGGCCGGAAGCACCCAGCAAAAUUCCUAUCAAUCCAGAAAUAUUAAUGCCACCUCUUUCUGGAAACGAGUAUGUUAUCCCUACAAAUUCAGGAGGAGGAGCAGUUGGUCGUGAUACACCAGGAAAUGUUCCUGAUAAAGACAAUAAUGUAACUCCGAAUUUUAAACCAAUUGAUCCCAAAUUUACUUGGCCGGAAGCACCCAGCAAAAUUCUUAUCAAUCCAGAAACAUUAAUGCCACCUAUUUCUGGAAGUGAGUCUGUUAUCCCUACAACAUCAGGAGCAGAAACAGUUGGGGGCUUAACUCCAGGAAACUUACCUGGUAUAGACAAAAAUUUAAUACCGGCUGUUGAGUCAAUUAAUCCAUUAAUUGCAAGCCCGGAAGAACCCAGUGAAAUUCCAAAUAAUCAGGGAACUGUAAUACCAGCUUUUUCUGGAACAGCGUCUAUAAGUCCUUCAAUUUCAGAAGCAGGAAAAGUUGGUGGAGAAUCCUUAGGGAAUGCACCCAGAAUUAACAGCAAUUUAUCACCUCCCAUUCCUGGAAGUCAGUCCAUUAUUUCUAAUAUUCCAGGAGCAGUAGGCGAAACUCCGGGAAAUGCACCAAGUAUAGUCAACAGUUUAAUAGCGCCAGUUAAUCCCGUAAUUACUAAGCCGGAUGAACCCAGCGAAAUUCCAAAUAAUCUCGAAAUUUUAAUGCCACCUAUUUCUGGAAACGUGUUCGUAAACCCUACAAUUUCAGGGGCAGGAAUGGUUGGUGGAUCAUCCAUGGGAAAUAAACCAAGUAUAGGCAUUAAUUUAACACCGCCUGUUGGACCAAUUAAUCCUGUGAUUAAUAAGCCGGCAGCAAACAGCAAAAUUCAGAUUAAACCAGAAACUUUAAUAUCACCCAUUUCUGACAAACCUAACAAAAAUCCUACAAGACCAGGAGCGGGUAAAGUUGUAAGCGGAGUUCCGGGAAGUGCUUUAGUUGGUGGUCUAAAAAUAGCUAUUACAAAGAAGCCCCAAAUGCCUAAACUUAGCGAUCCCGAAGACUUUUAUUCCAAAGACUUUGAUAUUGACAGCCUUUAUCCCAAAGAAAUUGAUAUCAACAGCCUUUAUCCCAAAGAAUAUUAUCUGUAAAUCCUUAUAGUUUCUAAUUAGCUAUCUGGAUCUGCAUUGCCCAUUCUUUUGCAAACUUUAUUGUCCUGAAAUCCAGAUUUCUCCCUAUCUUUGGAAUAUCCAAUUCGCCAAGGCUAUCCUAUAUAAUUGAAAGUUUUUAGUAUUAUCAAAUAGUGUAAAAAACUGUUUAGGUUGGCAUUGAAGAGUAAAAAAAUAUAUAAAUAUA